AAGCCAAACUGGCUCUCUAGUCACGAACCCAUGAUCCCUUCCAGCCCUUGACGACCUCGAAUGGGGAGUACAGAAUAGAAAGUCGAAGCUAGUGCGGGAGGGCAGUCGGGCGGGUACUGCCAUGAUCGCCUGGUUUGGAUUGAUUUUACGAACCCUAGUUUCAGAUUGAGAGUUCAAAUUCAAAUUCUCCUGUUAGUUGCUGUAACACUGUACAUACAUCGUCCCGAAUUACUCUCAAGCUCUCGCCGGAGAAGCACCGGUCCGUGAAGUCUCCACCUGGGACUGGUAUUGACAAGUCCUUCAGCGAAACCUCAGUUGGCGCCAAGAAAGCAGAAAAUUAGUCUAGGGCCUUUCGUCUCUUCAAACGGCAGACCUAGGGUUUUUGUCUACCGCCAUGAGUCCUAUUCAGAAUUUCGAGCAACACUCUCGCCAUCUCAUCGAGCCUGAAAUUCCAAUUCAAGCAAGGCUUCAGAUGGCAAUGGAGGUCCGUGACAGUCUAGAGAUUGCUCACACUGCCGAGUACUUGAACUUCCUAAAAUGCUACUUCCGAGCUUUCUCAGCGAUUCUUUUACAAAUAACAAAGCCGCAGUUUACCGACACUCACGAGCACAAGCUCCGAAACGUGGUUGUGGAGAUUCUCAAUCGCCUCCCUCACAGUGAAGUCCUCCGCCCCUUCGUUCAGGACCUCUUGAAGGUUGCAAUGCAGGUCCUCACCACGGACAAUGAAGAGAAUGGUUUGAUUUGCAUUCGAAUAAUCUUUGACCUCCUCAGAAACUUUAGACCAACCUUAGAAAAUGAAGUUCAGCCGUUCUUAGACUUCGUCUGUAAGAUUUACCAGAACUUCAGAGUCACUGUGAGUCAUUUUUUUGAGAAUGGGGCUGUGAGUGGUGGAAAAGAUGUUAAGCCCGUGGAGGUCUUGGAUCAAGUUCCUCCUGCUGGGCAUGCUGGAGUUGCUGUACAGCUUAACCCAAGCACGAGGUCAUUCAAGAUAGUUACAGAGAGUCCACUGGUGGUGAUGUUUCUGUUCCAGUUGUAUAGCCGGCUUGUCCAGACUAAUAUUCCUCACUUGUUGCCAUUGAUGGUUGCGGCAAUAUCAGUUCCGGGGCCUGAAAGGGUGCCUCCCCAUUUGAAGAAUCACUUCAUUGAGCUGAAGGGCGCACAGGUUAAGACAGUUUCUUUUUUAACUUAUCUGUUGAAGAGUUUCGCUGAUUAUAUCAGGCCACAUGAAGAAAGCAUAUGUAAAAGUAUUGUUAAUUUGCUUGUUACAUGUUCUGAUUCUGUGUCCAUCCGAAAGGAAUUGUUAGUUGCCUUAAAACAUGUUCUCGGUACAGAUUUCAAGCGGGGUUUAUUUCCUUUGAUUGACACACUGUUGGAAGAAAGGGUUUUAGUUGGAACUGGCCGGGCAUGCUUUGAGACAUUGAGGCCGCUGGCUUAUAGUCUAUUGGCAGAGAUUGUCCAUCAUGUUAGAGGGGAUCUGUCCUUAUCACAGCUAUCGCGAAUUAUUUACUUGUUCUCAAGUAACAUGCAUGAUGCUUCAUUGUCGCUUGGCAUUCACACCACUUGUGCUCGCUUAAUGUUAAAUCUGGUGGAACCGAUAUUUGAAAAAGGCGUUGACCAAUCAUCAAUGGAUGAAGCAAGGAUUUUAUUGGGGCGAAUUUUGGAUGCUUUUGUUGGAAAGUUCAGUACCUUCAAGCGCACUAUUCCUCAGCUACUUGAAGAGGGUGAAGAUGGAAAAGAUCGAGUCACGUUGAGGUCAAAGCUUGAACUUCCUGUGCAGGCAGUUCUGAAUUUACAGGUCCCUGUGGAGCACUCUAAGGAAGUCAGUGAUUGUAAACAUUUGAUUAAGACCCUAGUCAUGGGAAUGAAGACCAUCAUUUGGAGCAUCACUCAUGCGCGUCCACCCAGAUCACAGGUUCAGGUUCUACCUUCCACGCAUGGAGCGCAUCCUCAGAUGCUUGUUUCACAAUCAUCUAAUUUAUUAGCGGCCCAAGCAUUUAAAGGAAUGAGAGAAGAUGAGGUAUGGAAAGCUUCUGGCGUUCUAAAGAGUGGUGUGCAUUGCUUAGCCCUGUUCAAGGAAAAGGAUGAGGAGAAAGAAAUGAUUCAUCUCUUUUCCCAAAUUUUGUCGAUUAUGGAACCUCGCGAUCUUAUGGACAUGUUCUCAUUGUGCAUGCCAGAGCUUUUUGAGUGCAUGAUUUCCAACGCUCAGCUAGUCCAUAUAGUCUCAACCCUUUUGCAAGCCCCUAAGGUCUUCCGGCCAUUUGCAGAUGUCUUGGUUAAUUUUCUUGUUAGCAGCAAACUGGAUGUACUGAAGCGUUCAGAUUCACCUGUGGCAAAACUUGUUUUGAAUCUCUUUCGUUUUUUAUUUGGUGCUGUUGCCAAGGCUUCUGCAGAUUGCGAACGCAUAUUGCAGCCUCAUGUUUCUGUAAUAUUGGAAGUUUGCAUGAAAAAUGCUACGGAUGUUGAGUGGCCACUUGCUUACAUGCAACUCCUUCGUACAAUGUUUCGAGCACUUGCAGGUGGCAAAUUUGAACUUCUCAUGAGGGACUUGAUCCCUUCAUUGCAACCAUGCCUAAAUAUGUUAUUGUCUAUGCUGGAGGGGCCUACUGGAGAAGAAAUGAGAGACCUCUUGUUGGAGCUUUGCUUAACCUUGCCUGCACGAUUAAGCUCGUUGUUACCAUACCUUCCUCGUCUUAUGAAGCCCCUAGUUAUGUGUCUAAGAGGAAGUGAUGACCUAGUAAGUUUAGGCUUAAGAACACUUGAGUUUUGGGUGGAUAGUCUGAAUCCUGAUUUCCUGGAACCAAGUAUGGCAAAUGUUAUGUCAGACGUGAUUUUAGCCUUGUGGUCUCACUUGAGGCCUGUGCCCUAUCCAUGGGGUGGAAAAUCUCUGCAACUACUUGGCAAGUUGGGAGGUCGAAACAGACGUUUCCUUAAGGAGCCACUUGCGCUUGAGUGCAAGGAGAAUCCAGAGCAUGGGCUUCGCUUGAUUCUUACAUUUGAGCCAUCAACUCCUUUUUUGGUACCUCUAGAUCGUUGCAUAAACCUUGCUGUAGCAGCUGUGAUGCACAAGAGUGGUAGCAUGGAUGCAUUCUACCGAAAGCAGGCUUUAAAGUUCCUGCGCGUAUGCUUAUCUUCUCAACUAAAUUUACCAGGAAAUGUCACCGACAAAGGAUAUACACCUAGACAGUUGUCAACAUUGUUAGUUUCAUCAGUGGAUCCAUCCUGGCGUAGGUCUGAGACAUCUGAUAUGAAGGCUGACUUAGGUGUAAAGACAAAGGCCCAACUUUUGGCUGAGAGGUCUGUUUUCAAGAUUCUUCUGAUGACCAUCAUUGCUGCUGGUGCAGAACCAGACCUGCAUGACCCCAAGGAUGAUUUCGUUGUGAAUGUCUGUCGUCACUUUGCAAUGCUAUUUCAUGUAGAUUAUUCCUCAACUAAUGCUUCAAUUUCUACUGCUGCUCUUGCUGGUUCUUUGCUUUCUUCAAAUGAAAAUGUUAAUUCUAGGUCAAAGACUAGCACUUGUUCUAAUCUUAAAGAGCUGGACCCCCUAAUAUUUUUAGAUGCGUUAGUGGAUGUGCUUGCUGAUGAAAAUAGGAUCCAUGCCAAAGCUGCUCUUAAUGCAUUAAAUAUAUUCUCUGAAACACUUCUGUUCCUGGCCCGCUCAAAGCAUGCUGAUGCAAUGAUGGCAAAAGGUGGCCCUGUUACUCCAAUGAUUGUCUCUAGUCCAUCAAUGAAUCCUGUAUUUUCACCACCCCCUAGUGUUCGCAUCCCAGUUUUUGAGCAGCUUCUGCCUCGUCUUUUGCAUUGUUGUUAUGGAAGUACGUGGCAAGCACAGAUUGGUGGUGUAAUGGGACUGGGUGCUUUGGUUGGAAAGGUCAAUGUUGAAACUUUAUGCCUUUUCCAAGUCAGAAUUGUCCGGGGUCUGGUAUAUGUUCUUAAAAGGCUUCCUAUUUAUGCCAACGAAGAGCAGGAGGAGACAAGUCAGGUGCUUACACAGGUUCUUCGUGUUGUGAAUAAUGUUGAUGAAGCAAACAGUGAACCUCGCAAGCAGAGUUUUCAAGGAGUUGUUGAGUUUCUUGCAGCAGAGCUGUUCAACUCAAAUGCAUCUGUUAAUGUGAGAAAGAAUGUGCAGUCUUGUUUGGCACUUUUAGCUAGUAGAACAGGAAGUGAGGUAUCUGAGUUGCUCGAGCCUUUGUACCAGCCUUUGCUUCAGCCCCUUAUUGUGCGCCCUCUUCGUUCAAGGACUGUUGAUCAACAGGUUGGGACUGUCACUGCUUUGAAUUUCUGCUUGGCCUUAAGACCACCUCUGAUUAAGCUGACUCAAGAAUUAGUUAAUUUUUUGCAAGAAGCAUUGCAAAUAGCUGAGGCCGAUGAAAAUGUAUGGGUUGUAAAGUUUAUGAACCCAAAAGUGGCCACAUCAUUAAACAAACUUAGGACAGCUUGCAUUGAGUUGCUCUGUACGGCAAUGGCAUGGGCAGAUUUUAAGGCACCAAAUCAUUCUGAAUUGCGUUCAAAGAUCAUUUCUAUGUUUUUCAAGUCUUUGACGUGUCGAACACCAGAAAUUGUUGCUGUUGCAAAGGAAGGCCUACGACAGGUUAUUAAUCAGCAGAGGAUGCCAAAAGAACUUCUGCAGAGCAGCCUCAGGCCCAUACUAGUUAAUUUGGCACAUACAAAAAAUCUUAGCAUGCCUCUUCUUCAAGGUCUUGCCCGCUUGCUGGAGCUAUUGUCCACUUGGUUUAAUGUUACUUUGGGUGGGAAGUUGUUAGAGCAUCUAAAGAAAUGGUUGGAACCAGAAAAACUUGCUCAGUGUCAGAAGUCAUGGAAGGCUGGUGAAGAACCGAAAAUUGCAGCUGCUAUUAUUGAGCUUUUUCACCUGCUACCCCCUGCUGCCCAUAAGUUUCUAGAUGAACUUGUUACAUUAAUUAUUGAUUUGGAAGGGGCACUUCCUUCUGGACAAUUUUACAGUGAGAUCAACAGUCCAUAUCGUGCUCCGCUGACUAAAUAUUUAAACCGGCAUGCUACGCUAGCUGUUGAUUACUUUCUUGCUCGAUUAAGUGAGCCAAGAUACUUCCGGAGGUUUAUGUAUAUAAUUCGAUCAGAUGCUGGUCAGCCCUUGAGAGAAGAACUUGCAAAGUCCCCACAGAAGAUACUUGCAAGUGCCUUUCCUGAAUUCCUGCCUAAAUCUGAUGCAUCCAUGGUUCCAGCAUCUUUAACUCAUGCUGCUUUAGCUGGUGAUGAUGGCAAAGUUUCCUCUCUAUCUGAGUGUUCUAAUCCCCCAACCAUGGCUACCAGUGCAACACCAGAUGCUUAUUUUCAAGGACUUGCACUUAUUUCUACUCUGGUUAAACUAAUGCCUGGCUGGUUGCAGAAUAAUCGUCUUGUGUUUGAUACCCUAAUUCUUGUUUGGAAGUCACCAGCAAGAAUUGCUCGUUUGCACAAUGAACAGGAGCUUAACUUAGUGCAAGUGAAAGAAAGCAAAUGGCUUAUCAAAUGUUUUCUAAAUUUCUUAAGACAUGAUAAAACUGAAGUCAAUGUUCUCUUUGAUAUCCCUUCCAUCUUCUUGUUCCACACGCGAAUUGAUUAUACCUUUUUGAAGGAGUUUUAUAUUAUAGAGGUCGCAGAGGGAUAUCCACCUAUCUUGAAGAAAAAACUUCUCACUCAUUUUUUGGACCUUUUUCAAUCAAAACAACUUGGCCAUGAUCACUUGGUGGUGGUUAUGCAAAUGCUGAUUCUUCCAAUGUUAGCUCAUGCCUUUCAGAAUAGCCAAAGUUGGGAGGUUGUAGACCCUAAUAUAUUAAAAACAAUUGUUGACAAACUCCUUGAUCCUCCAGAAGAGGUUUCUGCUGAGUAUGACGAGCCGUUGAGGAUAGAACUUUUGCAGCUUGCCACUCUGCUUCUCAAGUAUCUGCAGAAUGACCUUGUACAUCAUAGGAAAGAACUUAUCAAAUUUGGUUGGAAUCAUCUCAAGCGUGAAGAUAGUGCGAGUAAGCAGUGGGCUUUUGUCAAUGUCUGCCACUUCUUGGAGGCCUAUCAGGCCCCAGAAAAAAUUAUACUUCAGGUUUUUGUUGCACUACUUCGCACUUGCCAGCCAGAAAAUAAAUUGUUGGUCAAGCAAGCGCUGGAUAUUUUAAUGCCAGCACUACCACGAAGAUUGCCUCUAGGGGACUCCCGUAUGCCAAUUUGGAUACGAUACACAAAAAAAAUUUUGGUUGAGGAAGGUCACUCUAUUCCCAAUCUCAUUCACAUUUUUCAGCUCAUUGUCCGCCAUUCAGAUCUGUUUUACAGUUGCAGAGCGCAAUUUGUACCUCAGAUGGUAAAUUCUCUCAGUCGCCUUGGACUGCCAUAUAAUACUACAGCAGAAAACAGACGUCUUGCGAUUGAGCUUGCUGGGUUGGUUGUUGGCUGGGAAAGGCAGAGGCAAAAUGAAAUGAAAAUAGUUACUGAGAGCGAAGUGCCUAACCAGAACACUGAUGGAUUUAAUCCUGGAUCUACCAGUGUUGAUCCCAAACGUCCAGUAGAUGGAUCAAUGUUUCCUGAGGAUCCAAGUAAACGAGUAAAGGUUGAACCUGGUCUUCAAUCACUCUGUGUCAUGUCGCCUGGUGGUGCUGCAUCCAUCCCUAACAUAGAAACCCCUGGUUCUGCUGCCCAGCCCGAUGAAGAGUUCAAGCCAAAUGCUGCAAUGGAAGAAAUGAUUAUCAAUUUUCUCAUAAGAGUGGCCUUAGUCAUGGAACCGAAGGAUAAAGAGGCAACUCUUUUGUACAAGCAAGCUUUAGAGCUACUCUCACAAGCUUUGGAGGUGUGGCCAAAUGCUAAUGUGAAGUUCAAUUAUUUAGAGAAGCUUUUGAGUAGUGUUCAACCAUCACAAGCAAAGGACCCAUCUACUGCUCUUGCACAAGGUUUGGAUGUCAUGAACAGGGCUUUGGAGAAGCAGCCACAUUUGUUCAUCCGAAACAACAUCAACCAGAUAUCUCAAAUUCUUGAACCUUGUUUCAAGCAUAAAAUGUUAGAUGCUGGGAAGUCGUUCUGCUCCAUGUUGAAAAUGGUUUUUGCUGCCUUCCCUCUUGAUCAAACUAGCACACCACCAGAUGUGAAGUUGGUGUAUCAAAAGGUUGAAGAGCUGAUGCAGAAGCAUGUUGCUACAGUUACAGCUCCCCAGACUUCGAUUGAUGAUAAUUCCGCUAAUUCAAUUAGUUUUGUGCUGUUUGUCAUUAAAACCCUGACAGAGGUACAAAAAAGCUUCAUUGAUCCUUACAUCUUGGUUCGUAUCCUUCAACGGUUGGCACGAGAUAUGGCUUCAUCAACUGGUUCUCAUAUGAGACAAGUUCAGAGAGCUGAUUUAGAUUCUGCAGUGACUUCUUCUCGUCAAGGUGCUGAUGUUGGAGCAGUCAUAUCUAAUCUUAAAUCAGUCUUGAAACUCAUCAGUGAAAGGGUUAUGCUUGUUCCAGAGUGCAAACGAUCUGUAACUCAAAUAUUAAAUGCCUUGAUGUCAGAGAAAGGUACUGAUGCCAGUGUACUUCUUUGUAUACUUGAUGUAAUCAAGGGGUGGAUUGAAGAUGAAUUCAGCAAACCGGGGACACCAGUCCCAUCAAGCGCCCUUCUCAGUCAAAAGGAAAUUGUUUCCCUUCUACAGAAGCUAUCACAAGUUGAUAAACAAAACUUUUCCCAAAUUGCUCUUGAAGAGUGGGAUGCAAAUUACCUUCAUCUUCUUUAUAGAAUUUGUGCUGAUUCAAAUAAAUAUCCUCUCUCCCUACGCCAACAAGUGUUUCUGUGGGUGGAAAGGCAAUUCAUGCUUGGUUUAAGAGCAAAGGAUCCUGAGUUUAGGAUGAAAUUCUUUUCACUUUAUCAUGAAUCUCUUGGCAAGACACUGUUCAUAAGGCUGCAAUACAUUAUCCAAACGCAGGAAUGGGAGGCUUUGAGUGAUGUUUUCUGGCUCAAACAAGGGCUUGAUCUUCUUCUAGCAAUCUUAGUGGAGGAUAAGCCAAUUACACUUGCUCCAAACUCGGCUAGGGUCCCACCUCUUGUGGUGUCAGGUUCUCUUUCAGACUCUUCAGGAAUGCAGCAUCAGUCUGUUGAUGUUUCAGAGGGUCAAGAGGAAGCGCCUUUGACAUUUGAUAGCCUUGUUCUUAAGCACGCUCAGUUUCUAAAUGGGAUGAGCAAACUUCAGGUGGCUGAUUUAAUUGUUCCUUUGAGAGAGCUGGCUCAUACAGAUGCAAAUGUUGCAUACCAUUUGUGGGUUUUAGUAUUUCCCAUUGUGUGGGUGACCUUGCACAAGGAAGAACAGGUGGCACUAGCUAAACCUAUGAUUGCUCUACUAUCAAAAGAUUAUCACAAGAAGCAGCAGACAAGCAGACCAAAUGUUGUGCAAGCACUUUUAGAAGGGCUUCACUUAAGCCAUCCUCAACCUCGGAUGCCAAGCGAGCUCAUCAAGUAUAUUGGAAAGACUUACAAUGCUUGGCAUAUCUCACUGGCUUUGCUGGAAAGUCAUGUCAUGUUGUUCAUGAAUGACACCAAGUGCUCUGAGUCUCUGGCCGAGCUUUAUCGUCUCCUCAAUGAGGAAGACAUGAGGUGUGGAUUGUGGAAGAAAAGGUCUAUUACUGCAGAAACCAGGGCUGGGCUUUCAUUAGUUCAGCAUGGUUACUGGCAGUGUGCUCAAAGCCUUUUCUACCAAGCCUUGAUCAAGGCUACUCAGGGUACUUACAACAACACAGUACCAAAGGCUGAGAUGUGUCUUUGGGAAGAGCAAUGGCUUCACUGUGCUACUCAACUUGGUCAAUGGGAUGCAUUGGCAGAUUUUGGCAAGACUAUUGAGAAUUAUGAGAUAUUACUUGACAAUCUGUGGAAAUUGCCUGAUUGGAUAUAUAUGAAGGACCAUGUCAUUCCAAAGGCUCAAGUAGAAGAAACUCCAAAGCUCCGUCUAAUCCAGGCUUUUUUUGCACUUCAUGAUAGAAAUGCAAAUGGUGUGGGAGAUGCUGAAAACAUAGUGGUAAAAGGCGUUGAUCUUGCUUUAGAGCAGUGGUGGCAACUACCUGAAAUGUCUGUUCAUGCUAGGGUACCUCUUCUGCAGCAGUUCCAACAGUUGGUUGAAGUUCAAGAAUCAGCUAGAAUUUUAGUGGACAUUGCUAAUGGAAAUAAACAUUCUGGAGGUUCUGUUGUUGGUGUACAUGGUGGUAUAUAUGCAGAUCUGAAGGACAUCCUGGAGACAUGGAGACUUAGAACUCCAAAUGAAUGGGAUAAUUUGUCUGUUUGGUUUGAUUUGUUACAAUGGAGGAAUGAAAUGUACAAUGCUGUUAUAGAUGCAUUCAAAGAUUUUGGCACAACAAAUUCACAACUUCAUCAUCUUGGUUAUCGAGACAAAGCAUGGAAUGUUAAUAAGCUUGCUCACAUUGCUCGUAAGCAGGGCCUGAAUGAUGCGUGUGUGACAAUACUCGACAAGAUGUAUGGCCACUCGACCAUGGAAGUGCAGGAGGCUUUUGUAAAAAUAAGAGAACAAGCAAAGGCAUAUCUAGAAAUGAAGGGGGAGCUUUCCAGUGGUCUCCAUUUGAUCAACAGUACUAAUCUCGAAUAUUUUCCAGUGAAGCACAAAGCAGAAAUUUUUCGUCUCAAGGGGGAUUUCCUGUUAAAGCUCAAUGAUUGUGACGGAGCUAAUAUUUCUUAUUCCAAUGCUAUUAGCCUUUUUAAAAAUCUGCCUAAAGGAUGGAUAAGCUGGGGAAGUUACUGUGACAUGGCUUACCAAGAUACCCAUGAAGAAAUUUGGUUAGAAUAUGCUGUCAGUUGCUUUCUUCAAGGAAUAAAAUUUGGCAUCCCUAAUGCCAGAAGCCAUCUGGCUCGUGUUCUAUAUCUUCUGAGCUUUGAUACUACCAAUGAACCUGUGGGGAGAGCGUUUGAUAAGUACUUGGACCAAAUACCCCAUUGGGUUUGGCUUUCUUGGAUUCCGCAACUAUUACUUUCCUUGCAAAGGACAGAGGCUCCUCACUGCAAGCUUGUGCUAUUAAAGAUUGCCACUGUGUAUCCACAGGCUCUAUAUUAUUGGCUUCGUACAUAUUUGCUUGAGCGUCGUGAUAUUGCAAAUAAAUCUGAGCUAGGUAGAAUAGCAAUGGCUCAGCAAAGAAUGCAGCAAAAUGUCUCUGGGACCAGUGCUGGUUCUCUUGGUUUGGCUGAUGGAAAUGCAAGAGUACAGGGUCAUGGUGGGGGUUCUGUACCUUCAGAUGGUCAAGUUCAUCAAGGCAAUCAAUCUGUUGGCGGGAUUGGAUCACAUGAUGCUGGAAACCCGCAUGGGCAAGAACCUGAAAGGUCCUCUGCUGUUGAAAGUAGUGUGCAUGCUGGGAAUGACCACCCUCUACAACAGAGUUCUUCAACAAUUAAUGAAAAUGGUCAGAAUACAUUGAGACGUAAUGGCACUUUGGGUUUGGUAGCUUCUGCUGCCAGUGCCUUUGAUGCUGCAAAGGAUAUAAUGGAGGCUCUUAGAAGCAAGCAUGGCAAUUUGGCCAGUGAACUUGAGACUCUGCUCACUGAAAUUGGUUCGAGGUUUGUUACUCUGCCAGAGGAGAGACUUCUGGCUGUGGUGAAUGCUCUACUUCACCGCUGUUACAAGUACCCAACUGCAACUACAGCAGAGGUUCCACAGUCUCUAAAGAAGGAGCUUUCUGGUGUUUGCAAAGCUUGUUUUUCAGCAGAUGCUGUGAACAAGCAUGUUGAUUUUGUGAGAGAGUACAAGCAGGACUUUGAACGUGAUCUUGAUCCAGAGAACACUUCCACUUUCCCAGCGACCCUUUCUGAUUUGACGGAACGGUUGAAACACUGGAAAAAUGUUCUCCAGAGCAAUGUUGAGGACAGGUUUCCAGCCGUCUUAAAGCUGGAAGAGGAAAGCAGGGUGUUACGUGACUUCCAUGUGGUUGAUGUGGAGGUUCCAGGACAGUAUUUUACAGAUCAAGAAAUUGCGCCUGAUCAUACAGUGAAGUUGGACAGGGUUGGUGCUGAUAUUCCAAUUGUGCGAAGGCAUGGAAGUAGUUUCCGGCGUUUGACCCUAAUUGGUUCUGAUGGUUCGCAACGCCACUUUAUUGUCCAGACAUCUCUGACCCCUAAUGCUAGAAGUGAUGAACGUAUACUGCAGCUUUUCCGUGUGAUGAACCGAAUGUUUGAUAAGCACAAAGAAUCUAGACGCCGCCAUAUAUGUCUGCACACACCAAUUAUCAUUCCUGUUUGGUCUCAGGUCCGCAUGGUGGAAGAUGAUUUAAUGUACAACACCUUCCUUGAGGUGUAUGAGAACCAUUGUGCACGCAAUGACCGAGAGGCAGAUCUUCCUAUUACCUAUUUCAAAGAGCAACUGAACCAAGCUAUAUCAGGCCAGAUCUCACCUGAAGCUGUUGUUGACCUCCGCCUCCAAGCUUAUAAUGAGAUAACAAAAAAUCUUGUUACAGAAAGCAUAUUCUCACAGUUCAUGUACAAAACCCUGCUGAGUGGCAACCAUUUGUGGGCUUUCAAAAAGCAAUUUGCCAUUCAGUUGGCCCUCUCGAGCUUCAUGUCGUUCAUGUUACAGAUUGGGGGAAGAUCCCCAAAUAAAAUUUUGUUUGCCAAGAAUACAGGAAAGAUUUUCCAGACAGAUUUUCAUCCUGCAUAUGAUGCAAAUGGAAUGAUAGAGUUUAAUGAGCCCGUGCCGUUUCGCCUCACAAGAAACAUGCAGACAUUUUUCUCCCAUUUUGGAGUGGAAGGCCUUAUUGUGUCUGCAAUGUGUGCAGCAGCACAGGCAGUGGUUUCACCUAAACAAAGCCAGCAUUUGUGGUAUCAAUUGGCGAUGUUCUUUCGUGAUGAACUACUGUCCUGGUCAUGGAGGAGACCGCUUGGGAUGCCUCUGCCCCCAGUUGCUGCAGGAGGUAGUCUGAACCCUGUCGACUUCAAACACAAGGUCACUACCAAUGUUGAGCAUGUCAUUGGCCGAAUAACUGGAAUUGCUCCCCAGAAUUUUUUGGAAGAGGAAGAAAAUGUUAUGGACAACUCGCAAUCAGUGCAGAGGGGCGUCACUGAGCUGGUUGAAGCUUCAUUGAGCCCACGGAACUUAUGCAUGAUGGAUCCCACAUGGCACCCCUGGUUUUAAUUUUUACUUUGUCCCCCAGUGGCACUCUUGCUAUUGAUCGGAUCGGAGGGGCCUACUUCUCUCCGAGUUUCAACUUAGACAGGCCGGAGGGGGAGGGGGAGGGGGAAGGGGAAGAUUGAUGGACAGUUUUUAUCUUCUAAAUAAUUAUUAUGUGCAUUUCUCUGCCCACGUCUGGGAAUCGCUGCCAAGUGCCAACUGACAUUGCUUUAGAAAAGCUUGUAAUUUGGACAUUCCCAAUGUAAAAAUGAAACGCCCUUUAGUUAUUUAUAUUAUAACAGUUGCUGUUUGUAUGCUUCCAAAAA